UACAUUUACAUCCUGACUGAUAGACACAAAUACUAGCUAUACGAUCGCCAAUAUCCUCUCCACCACUCCGAUGGUCUCACUGCGCUCUGUGUCAAGCCUAUAGCCACUUAGCAGGAGUAGACAAGAGCGUAAUAAAACAACUAACAAGUGUCAAGUGUCAACCUGCGAUCACGUCUUCCAGAUCUCCAGCAUCUCGACUUCGUUCCAACAAAGGAGCAUAUUAUCAGUGAUUGGGCGAUUUAUGACUGUAAAGAACUAGAACCAUUUCAGGUGUUGAAGUAAGGACAAACAAAGAGCAAAAGGAUACGAUCUGACAGUCCGCGUGGGCGAAACAAAGGAACGACCCCAAUUCGUAUUCCUACAGUUCAAUUUCUAUCACAAAGGAGGCUGAUUCAUGAGCAUGCCUUCUUAUAACGCAUCGACGUAUGCGUCCGAAACGGAGACGCUCUUACCCCGCUCCCCGCCUUCUCCCCGUUUUCCCACUUCUUCAGACCAGUACGCCGAUGAUGACCAUGAUCUUCCCGUCCAAAUUGACAGCUUUCUUCGCAAUGUCAAGAUAUGUAAAUCGGCUCUUGGGGCAUCCCUGUUAGGCACCUUCGCGAUGGAAGUAUGGCACUUGUCUAUGUCUGCAGCGGAGGUAGGACAUCGAAGGCGUAGUGAAACUCAACAGAAAGCUGUAGAAGCCAGUAUGUGGGCGGACAUAUUGGGAACAACAAUCAUUUGCUUCUUAUCGAUCCUCUACCUCGCAUCACUCUUGAAACCCAUAACCGUCCCCUCUGUUUCCCUUUCCCCAAAAAUUCAAAACUCCUCCCUCCACCGUUCCCUCUGUACUACUACUUUCACCUCCAUCCUCUUCCUCCUCAUCGCCCACUCUUCUCCGGGUGUAGCCUACACUGUAUGGACCCAUCUCUCAUCGCCAAGGUUGGACGAUCCAAUGGCAGAAGGAGUAUACCACCUCCGUAUGGUGGGAUUGAUCUUGGUCCUCUCAAGCGUGGGAUUUAUGCGUCGGGGUCCAAAGAUGUACUUCCCUCCACCGAGAUUAGGGACAGGAUUCGGGUUGAAUAGGGAGCCCGAAUGGGAGAGUAAGAAGAAGAAUGGACAUGACAUUGGUGAAUAUGGGGAAGAUGGAUAUCAAAAUGGUGAUGAGGACAGGAGAAAGGGGGUGGUUAUCAAAUUGACGCCUGCACAAGAGAUUGAUGAUCCCCUGACCUCCGCAGCGUCGGCCAUUACCAUCGAACGGCAACGACUACCCCCCAAAGUUCCUGAAGAGCCAAAAUCUAAUGUAUUCGAUUACAACAACUCUUCAAUGAUUAACUUUGUCCUCCUUACCUAUAUUGCUCCCCUCGCCAUCCGUUCUGCACAUGUAGCAAGUCUUCAUCAAUCCGAUCUUCCUAUUCUUGAAGAUGAGACGAGAAAUAGUGGGGUGUACGAGACAGCGUUUGCAUCCAACUCUGCUUCGCACACGAAGAUAAUUGGAUUGAAACGGAUGGUGGGAUCAAAAACGACCACGAGCUGGCAACUCGUCAAAACACUUUGGGCCGGCAGGGGUUGGACUGUGUUCAUCUCUUUUGUACUCGAAACUACCCGCAAUCUCAUUAGCUUCAUCCAAAUCGCCGCCUUACACGAAAUCAUCCAGUCAUUCAAUCAAUCUCCAGGAGAGGACAAGAGCUAUGCGUACUUGAUGUGUUGGGCAAUGUUCUUCGGCCAGACGGUAGAGGUCUUGUUGGCAGCUUACUGUUGUGUACGAGAGAAUUAUAUGCUCCAUAUUCCUGUACGAAUGAGCAUCAGCUCCAUUAUCCUUGCCAAAAUUCUGCGUACAACCGAUGCUAAAGCCCUCGAAGCGCACAACACGAUCGAUUCUAACUCCGAUGACGGGCAUGUGCGAAAAGGUACAAAAGAGAAGAAGACAAGCGGAGCGCAAGGACGAAGUCAGGUGAUGAACCUGCUCACGAUUGAUACGAACACUGUCGCUUCGCUGGCUACGCAUACAUGGGGCUUUACCAACGGUAUCACUACAUUAAUUAUCGGAGCCGGUAUGUUGUAUGGAAUGUUGGGUGUCAGCGCCUUUGUGGGUAUAGCGUGCGUACCGCUCAGUACGCCUCUAACGUGGCUAGUCGCCAAGCUGAUCUAUCGUUGUGAUAUUGAGUGGGCCAGGGCUCGGGAUGCUAGGACAGGGGCUUUGAAAGAGUUUUUACUAGGCAUCAAGGUCAUCAAGUUGAAUGCCUUUGAACCUUAUUUUAUGCAUCGGAUCUCGAAGCUACGGGCUCACGAAGUCAAAUGGCAGCGAUGGCGCUUCACUCUCGGCACAGCAUUCAACGUCCUAGCGGACCAACUCCCCAUUCUCUCCAUCCUCAUCACCUUUGCAUUCCAUACUAAGAUCAUGGGGCGCCCGCUUGAUGCACCUACCGCUUUCGUAGCACUUAACAUCUUCAAUCGCGUCAAAGACGGCCUCCAAACAUUCCCCCAGAUCAUCCAAACAUUUCUCUCGUGCAAAGUAUCCCUCGACCGUCUAUCACGCUAUCUUUCGCAACCGGAGAUUGAUGAUGACCGCUGGGAAAGCAUUUCAAGGAGAAUUAUCUGCCGAGAUGCCACGAUUACUUGGCCUAUAGGGGAAGGUAUUGAUAAGGGAGAUACAGGAAGGUUCAAGCUUGAAGGCCUGGAUCUGAAGGUACCGGAAGGAAGGUUGAGUUUACUUUGUGGACCGCUUGGUUCGGGAAAGACUUUGUUGCUCCGAGCUUUCUUGGGUGAGGCGAAGGUCGAAAAGGGCUCCGUCCUUGCGCCCAAAAGUCUUCCCGAUGCUACUCCCAUCCUUCUUGACAAUGAGAUUGAAGCAGCCGUUCACUGGACGGCUCAACACUGGCUCAAUGACUCCAUAGCGUAUGCCCCUCAACAGAGUUUCAUCCGACAUGGUACUCUUCGCGAUAAUAUUCUUUUUGGACAGCCGAUGUGGAGAGAGAGGUAUCAGGAAGUGCUGAGACAGGCUGCGCUUUUGCAGGAUCUAGAGAUCUUGGAGGAUGGUGACAUGACAGAAGUGGGAGAGAACGGGGUGACGCUGAGUGGUGGUCAGAAAGCAAGAGUCAACCUUGCGCGCUGCAUCUACUCCCGCGCUUCAACCAUCUACCUUGACGACAUUCUCUCCGCUGUUGACGCCCAUACUGCCCAAUUCAUCUAUCAAGAAUGUCUUCAAGGUAGUCUGCUCAAGAACCGAACAGUUGUUCUCGUCACCCACCAUGUGCGCCUGGUUUUGCCCGCCGUCAGCUACGUCAUUUCUCUCAAUACGGAAGGACGAAUCGAUCAAGCGUGUUCUCCUUCUCAAAUCGAUCUUAACACCUUAUCGGAAUCUGCCCCAAAGUCUCCCAUCAAUAGUGAAGACAUAACGCCGGCUGCUCAACUCGAGAAAAAGCGGCUCAUCAACGUCGGCGCCCUCGACGCUAAAACUACGCGUAAACUAUACCAAGAAGAGCAAAGAGCUGUUGGUCGGGUCUCCGGUAGCCAUUACUUCCUCAUUUUCCGUGCAGCGGGCGGAAUGUGGUACUGGCUCAUUCUUGCCAUACUAUACGGUGGUCAUCGAGCUCUUACGAUGUUAAGGAUCUUCUGGCUCGAACAUUGGUCAGCCAACCCUAGCCCUGAACACCUCAAUUACAACCUUAUUGUUUACGCAGCCAUCGUCAGCUUUGGGAUCGUGACAGGCGCUUUCAGGUGGAUAUGGCUUUAUGGGAUUAGUAACGUUGGGUUCUACUCAAGAGGCAAUAGACGUGUACAUGACCUGAUCAUGGCAAGAUUAUUCUCUGCCCCGCUGCAAUUUUUUGAGAAAACCCCACAAGGGAGGCUGCUGAAUGUUUUUGGCCAAGAUAUGUGGAGACUUGAUUGUAAUGUGGCGGACGAUUUUGGAAGAACAAUCAUGGCUAGUCUUGCGAUUGUAACCUCUGCGGCUGUUGUCUUUUUCAAGGAACCCCUUGUCACCAUUAUCGCUGUUGCAUUUGGGAUACCUUUAUUCUGGUUCAGUGGACAUCUCAACAAAUUGCGAUCAGAUAUACGCCGACUUACAGCUACUGCAAGUUCACCACUCUACUCACUUUACAAUGAAGCCAUCGAUGGGAUUGUUAUGAUUAGAGCAUUUGGCCAGGAUAAACUCAUGAUGGCGACAAUGAAGGUGCUAAACAAUCGGGAGCGGACAACUUACCUGGCGGACUGGACCGUAUACAACUGGGUCUCAGCUUUCAUUCGAAUUCUCACUAAUGUGGUCAUUACUGCCACUUCCUUUGUCUUGAUUGAGAGAAAUAUUUCCCCCUCGCAAGCUGGUCUCAUUUUGAAUUUUGCUUUGACAGUUUCCGGUAGUCUUUUUGGUUUGAUGGAGCAGUACAGUCACCUCGAACAGACAUUUGUCAGUGCAGAACGUAUAAACCAAUAUAUCACUAUGUCGGAACAUGAGUCUGAAGAGGGAGUAUGUCCGCCUCCUGAAUGGCCUCAACAAGGAAGGAUAGAUGUGAGAAAACUGAGUGUGAGAUACGCUCCGGACCUUCCGCAAGUGUUGAAAAACGUUUCCUUCACGGUCGAGCCUGGUAUGCAUGUCGGUCUGGUAGGAGCUACCGGUUCUGGUAAAUCUACUUUGGCUUUGAGUCUGUUCCGCGCUAUCGAGUAUAUGCAAGGAGAGAUCAUGAUUGAUGGUGUCGACGUCUCGAGUCUCAUCCUUUCCGAAUUGCGAGGUCGAUUGAAUAUGGUGGCGCAAGAUGGAAUGUUGUGCUCUGGUACUCUCAGAGAAGCGCUAGAUGUUACGGGAGGAAGAAGCGAUCAAGAUAUAUUCGACGCUCUUCGCAAAGUGCAUCUCAUCUCUAAUGAAAUGUCACAAGAAGAGUUAGAUGAGAACCCAUUUGCGAAUCUGGAAACAUAUGUGGCUAUCGAAGGAACGAACUUCAGUCAGGGACAGCGCCAACUUCUCUGCUUAGCGCGAGCGUUGCUCAAGCAGUCGAAGAUCUUGGUUAUGGAUGAAGCGACAUCGUCCGUUGACUUUGAGACGGAUUCUAAGAUCACUGCAAUGAUCAAGGAAUGUUUUAGGGGCACUACAAUGCUUGUCAUCGCUCAUCGUCUGGCGACGAUUAUGCAGUACGAUAUGGUACUGGUAUUGGAUCAGGGUCAAAUUAUAGAGUCUGGUAAACCUCAAGAGCUCAUACAUAACAAUCAGUCUGUGUUCUAUGGCCUCUGCAUGGCACAAGGUAAAGAAGAAUAUGCGACCUUGUGUAAGAUAGCUGCGAUUACUGCAUAGAUUGUAGAACCAUAGAUUUUGUUAUUAUCAUACGUAUCUAGACCAUUACAAGCGG